AGCCGUCUCCACAGAACGGGACAUCAGGCAGCCUCUAGCGAUGACGUCCUCUCUCUCUGGCCCCCCAGAGGCCGGCUCUGUGUCGCUGAGUGCCACUGGGCUGAAGGGCAAGGUCGGCGCCCUCGCCAACUCGCUGUCGGUCGCCUGCGAAGAACUCCAUGGUCAGUCACGGAACACAGCACAGAGAGCCCUUGUCUGCAGAGGGGCCUCACUUCCAAUCGCUCUUGUGUUGUUUGUGGUGCAGUUGACCGCAGCAUUCUGGACACCAUCAGGGGGGAGAGGGAGCUAAGGCAAGGGGAGCUGCAGGUGCAGCUUGAUGAGGCCAGGCGGUUCUUCCAAGCAGAAAUACAGGCAUACACACACGAGGACGACACACACGUGACGCACACACUCACAAUUCAUGUGUGUCCCUGUCUGUCGUGGUGGAUUGGAUGACGCAUGUAGAGAAUGGAGGAGGAGUUUCGCGCACAGGCUCAGCUGCAGAAGACGGAGAACGGCCGCAUCCAGCAGUCUGUCACCUCUCUCAAGGCGGAGAAGACCAGCCUCCACCAGCAGAUUCUCUCACUGCAAAGGCGUAUCGAGGAAAUAGAGGAGGAAGUGGGGCAUGACUGACUGAUUGGACGGGGCAAAGUGUGUGCGGGGGCUUGUGUGUGGACGACCGUCUGAACUUGCCGUGAAAUACCUAGGACGAUUCGCAUGGAGAGAGAGCAUCGAGAGCAUGAACAUGU